CUAGCAACCACUCAAUAGCCCAUUCAAAAAAAAAAAAUCCACAAAAGAGAUGGCACCUCCAACACUACUAGCCUUAAACUCCCCACACCACACCCCAACUCUCUCACGCAAUCUCAACUUCUCCAAAUCUAGCAGCUCCCCCCAAAAUCUCCUCCAAUCCUACACUAGAAGGAGUGCAGCCACAACAGCUCUUGCUACCAUCUUCCUAGCUAGAGAAGCUCUCUCUAAUGCAAAUGUGGCUUCUGCCUUUGACCUUAGAAUGACAGUCCCAGAUCAAACAGUUGCGGAGGCAGAGAUUGGAAUAAAGACCCAUGUUCAAGACCUCUUGAAUAUCAAACCCCUUGUCGAUUCGCAGUCAUGGAGAGAUGCACAGAAAGCGCUUCGGGAGAGCUCGGCUUAUCUCCGGCAGGAUCUGUACACUAUAAUUCAAGCGAAACCCAAGAACCUGAGGCCCCAGCUAAGGAAACUGUAUUCCAAGCUCUUCAACAGUGUUACAAGACUGGAUUAUGCAGCAAGAAGCAAGGACGCCACAACAGUUCAGGAUUGCUAUGACAACAUGGUUUCAACUCUUAACGAUAUUUUCGCUAUGAUAUAGCUGCGUUUCCUAUUAGACCUGCAAGGAGGAGGAUUGAACAGAUCAAAACAGGAGCUAGCACGAGUUAGGCAGAUUGUAUCUAAGACCUACCUCACAUGUCAAUUAAUGGCCUACCACAAGACAGGAGAAGGCAAGGCACAAAAGGUACAUGAAGAGCAUUUUGGUCUUUUGGAUACUUCUACUGUCAGGCCACAAUCCCAUAACAGCAACGGCCCAUGAUUUGCCACUUUAAAAUCAGGGCUCAAUCCUGCCAUAGCAAGCCAAUUCUGUUUUAGGGAGGGCAGAAGUUCAGAAAUGCCACUGACAACGUAUACGACAAGCAUUUCAAUCAAUAUUCAUUUCAGUUGAAAGAGUAUGGGAAUGGGAUUUCUUCUUCUUCUU